AUGUACGUUCCAUCAAAGUGCACCUGGUCAGUCGGCUCCACCGAGCCAAACCCACACGCCACCAUCACUAAGAGUGCUGGACCACCAAAGAUCUUCAACAACAUCCUCGAGCAGAUUGGAAACACUCCAUUGGUUAGAAUUAACAAUGUUUCAAAGGGAUUGAAGUGCGAGCUCUUGGCCAAGUGCGAGUUCUUUAACGCUGGUGGAUCUGUAAAGGAUCGUAUUGGAUACCGUAUGGUUGUUGAUGCUGAGAAGAGUGGACGUAUUAAACCAGGUGACACAUUGAUUGAACCAACAUCUGGUAACACUGGUAUUGGUCUGGCUUUGGCCGCCGCCAUCAAGGGCUACAAGAUGAUCAUCACCCUGCCAGAGAAGAUGUCGCAGGAGAAGGUCGACGUGCUCAAGGCUCUGGGUGCCACCAUCAUCCGUACACCAACCGAGGCUGCCUUCGACUCACCGGAGUCUCACAUUGGUGUGGCCAAGAAGCUCAACGCCGAGAUUCCAAACUCGCACAUCCUCGACCAGUACGCCAACCCAUCCAACCCAUUGGCUCACUACGACGGCACUGCUGAGGAGAUCAUCGAGCAGUGUGAGGGCAAGAUCGACAUGAUCGUCUGCACAGCCGGUACCGGUGGCACGAUCAGCGGCAUUGCUCGCAAGAUCAAGGAGCGUCUGCCAAACUGCAAGGUCGUUGGUGUCGACCCAGUCGGCUCCAUCCUCGCCCAGCCCGAGUCGCUCAACGGCAAGAUCACCUCGUACAAGAUCGAGGGCAUUGGCUACGACUUCAUCCCCAUCGUGCUGGACCGCAGCACUGUCGACUCAUGGAUCAAGUCCGAGGACUCAGAGUCCUUCAUCAUGGCUCGUCGUCUCAUCAAGGAGGAGGGUCUGCUUUGUGGAGGCUCAUCCGGUUCCGCCAUGGUUGGCGCCAUCAAGGCUGCCGCUGAGCUCGGCGAGGGCCAGCGCUGCGUCGUCCUGUUGGCCGACUCGAUCAGAAACUACAUGUCCAAGCACUUGAACGACGACUGGAUGGUUGACAACGGAUUCGUCAACCCAGUCUACCCAUCAUACAAGGCCACCGAGGAGGAGAAGUUCCACGGUGCCACCGUCGCCGAUCUCCACCUCCCCAAGCCCAUCACCGUCACUGCCAACACCUCGUGCAAGGCUGCCGUCGAGAUGCUCCAGCAGCACGGCUUUGACCAGCUGCCCGUCGUCUCGGAGACCAAGAAGAUCGUCGGUCUCGUCACCCUCGGCAACCUGCUGUCGCACUCGACCUCGAAGCGCUCCAUGCCAAACGACCCGGUCAGCAAGGUGAUGUUCCGCUUCCACACCAGCCAGGAGUUCAUCCCCAUCACCAACCAGACCUCGCUCGCUUCGCUCCAGAAGUUCUUUGAGGCCCACAGCUCUGCCGUCGUCACCGAGGGAGACGAGAUCGUCUCUGUCGUCACCAAGAUUGAUCUCCUCACCUAUCUGAUGAAGACCCAGCUCUAA